AGUGAAGACAAGAAACUCGGCAGGCUGCAUCCUGCGAUCAAUUUCCAGCCCUAUUUCUCACUUGACGACCCUUAUUCUAGGGUUGCCAAGCCACACGUACAUCGACAGGCUCUCGAUCCACACCAAGGAUCAUGUACGGGUUCGUGAACUACGCCAUCGAGCAGCUGGUGGUACGCAACUUCGGAGACGAUAUUUGGGAGGAUAUUAAGCGCGAGGCAGAGGUUCACAUGGAAGGUUCCUUCCUGGUCCGCCUCACGUACGAAGACGAGAUUACUUACAACAUCGUAGGUGCGGCAGAGAAGGUCCUGGGAGUUCCAGCUAAUGCUAUCUUAGAAAUGUUUGGUAAGAUGUUCUUUAAGUUCUGCCAAGAGUCUGGAUACGAUACCAUUCUUCAGGUACUUGGUGCCACUGUCAGUGAUUUCUUACAGAAUCUGGACGCUCUGCACGCCACCGGCGCUGACUACCCCGGGGUGAAAGGGACCAGUUUCGGGGACUAG